AUGAACGUCUCCCUCCGCCUCUCCACGAUCCACAGCCUGCUGGAGUUCCUGAACGGAGACAACCUCUCCUUCCCCGGCCCGCUCAACGGGAGCCGGCCGCUGGGCUGGGAGGAGCUGGAGAAGCUGCUCUUCCUGUUCGACAAGGACCCCGUGGCCAUCUGCCUGACCGCCAUGUACCUGGUCUCCUUCGUGGUGGGCUUCGCGGGCAACGUCCUGUCGCUGAGGAUGCUGACCCGGAGGAGGCCCAACCGGCGGGUGCCCAGCCUGCGCGCCACCCGGAGCCUCCUCAUCAACCUGGCCGUCUGCGACCUCCUGGUGGUCUGCGUCUGCAUGCCCAUCACCGUGGGCAACCUGAUCUACAAGGCGUGGGUCUACGGGGACUUCCUCUGCCGGGCCGUCCCCUUCGUCCAGGCGGUGUCCGUCUCGGCCAGCGUCCUCAGCCUCACGGGGAUCAGCCUCAACCGCUAUUACAGCGUGCACAACCCGCUCCACGCCAGGUCGUUCUUCACCCGCCGGAAGAUCCUGGGCACCAUCCUCGGGGUCUGGGUGCUGUCCUCGGGCAUCUGCAUGCCCCUCGUCUUCAUGAACAAGAGGGACGAGAUCGGGGUGGUGCGGGGCCUCCCCGUCGUGUUCCCCAUCUGCACCGAGGUCUGGCCCCAGAAGAGGAUCAAGCAGGCCUACAACUUCCUCCUCUUCUGCGCCCUCUACUGCCUGCCCGUCCUCUUCAACAUGGUCAUCUGCUGCCUGACCGUCCACCGGCUGUGGAGCCCCACCCGGCCGCCGAGGGACCGCGGCGCCCUCAGCCGGAUCUUGCCGGCCUCCCGGCUGAGGAUCCGCAAGAAGGUGGCCCAGAUGGUGGUGGCCUUGGUCCUGCUCUUCGCCGUCUCCUGGCUGCCCAUCUACAUGAUGGACCUCUGGAUCGAGUUCCACAGCCCCAAGUCCUUGCAGGAGGGGGUCCCACCCCCCUGGGCCCUGCAGCUCCGCCCCUUCGCCCAGUGGCUCGGCCUCACCAACUCCAGCCUCAACCCGAUCUGCUACUGCUUCGUGGGCAACGUCUACCGCUCGGCCAAGGAGAUGAGGAGCAGGUACCACAAGAAGAUGGCCUCUCUCCUCAGCUUCUCCCUGUCCGAGAAGAGCCUGCCUUCCUCCAUCCCCGAGCUGCUCUCGUACAAGAGUUCCUCCAGCAAAGAGCUCAACGUUGUGGUGGCGACUGGAAAUGAGUGCCAGGAGAACUGUGAUCCUAGGACACAGGUGUGA